AAAAGCCCACCCAACGUUAUGUUAUAUUAAUCAGCAUUCAUGUUCAACAUCAAUUAUUUAUAGUAUUGAAAUAUGAUUGUUAAUUCUCCCUUAUUCACACCAACCCAGUUUCUAGAGCUAAUGAUAAACUUUCCUUCUGUAAACUGUCAACUAUGUGUAUUGUGUAGGUUGGCCACCUGUCCCCGCUCUCUAUAAUGCCCCAGUGUUUGCAGCAUCUGCAGUGAACGUGAUGGCAGCCCAGUCGGUUUCCAUAGACAAGUACCCAAACGGAGAGCAGCAGAUGCAAGGUGUGGUAAAGGUAGACGGUGAUCCCGAGCAGAAGUUUAUUGAGGGGACGUUGGCAGAGGCGCCUAGCCCGGCACCCACAGAGCCACAGACACCCAUGGACGCGGACAAAGCCUCCAUAUAUCGGCAUCCCCUGUUCCCUCUCUUGGCCCUGCUGUUUGAGAAGUGUGAACAGUCCACGCUGAGCUCGGAUUGCAUCACCUCGGCCAGCUUUGACGUGGACAUUGAGAACUUUGUCCGUAAUCAGGAGAAGGAGGGCAAACCCUUCUUCAGCGAGGACCCUGAACUCGACAACUUGAUGGUGAAAGCCAUCCAGGUGCUGCGGAUCCACCUGCUGGAGCUGGAGAAGGUGAGUGACCUGUGUAAGGACUUCUGCAGCCGCUACAUCGCCUGCCUCAAGACUAAGAUGAACAGCGAGACUCUGCUGAGUGGAGAUCCAGGGAGCCCGUACUCUCCCGUACAAGGCCAGGUCCAGGGUUUUUCACCCAUCAAGACUCCGGUAUGGACUACCCCCAGCUCUAUCUCGGGGACCAUCAGUCCUCAGGGUCAAAUAGUGGUGCCAGCGUCAGCCCUGCAGCAAGGAAACGUUACUGUGACAGCCGUCAACCCCACCCAGGUGGUCGCAGGUAUGUCACCAUGGCAUACAACCCCUCCUUCAGGUGGCACGGUGUACCAGCCUGUUACAGUCGUCACUCCUCAGGGCCAGGUGGUAACACAGGCUCUUUCUCCCGGGACAAUACGCGUCCAAAACAAUCAGCUCCAGCUGCAGUUUCACCAGGACUUGAACCUGUUUAAUCACGACGACAACUCAACCAAGAACAAACGUGGCGUUCUACCCAAACACGCCACCAAUGUCAUGCGCUCGUGGCUCUUCCAGCACAUCGGGCACCCGUACCCAACAGAGGAUGAAAAGAAACAGAUUGCCACGCAGACAAACCUGACACUUCUGCAGGUCAACAACUGGUUUAUAAAUGCACGGAGGCGGAUCCUGCAGCCCAUGUUGGACGCCAGCUCCUCUGAGACACCGAAAGCCAAGAAGAAGACUCCUCAGAACCGGCCACUGCAGCGCUUCUGGCCUGACUCCAUCGCCACAGGGGGAGGAACCCAGCAGCAACUUACCAUGCCAGACGGCACAAUGGUGACAAUGAACAUGGAGAGUCUGCAGAGCCUGACGUCAGACGGUGCCACACUGGCAGUACAGCAGGUGAUGAUGGGAGGCCACAGUGAAGACGAGUCGGGGGACAGCGGAGACGAGGACGAUGACGCGGACAUGGCCGGGCUGGGCCUGGACAACAGCGACUCAUUGCAGUAGAGGACACACUCCCUCACACUCUGAUCUACACACAAGACAUGCGUAAAUAGGUCUCCAGCUUAAAUGUGUGUUCUCAGACACACAAAGAAUCCUAGUACAGACAGACACACAUUAGGUUUACAUAGAGCACAAAACUACAGGACGUCACGCUCCUGCACUCUUCCAACCCCUCCACCCUGCUGAACGGCGGUUUAUGCUGCGUGUGUGUACAUCAGGAGUUUCAUUUCAGAAACCCUUUUUUAAUCAUUUAGUUGAUGUAUGCGAGUGCACUUUUUUUGUAUAUUUAAGCUCAAAAAGAUUAAAUCAAACAAACAGAAGAAAAAAGAAGUGUUAAACACUCGAAGCAAGUUUGUAUGCUCCGUUAAUAAAUGUUGACUGAUUUAUGAUUAGUUUUCUUGGCCCCCUGUUCCCCGUCCCCAGUUGAAUUCUCAUUUUGGAUGCCAACAAUUUUCAAGUUGUAUCUGUAAGGGUUUGUCUUCACUUUUUGCAUGCUUGUGUUUUGAGUAGAUGUGCGCACUCAUGCGACUGACUCCACGGCUCUCACACGGGGCCCCUGCAGGCCAAGCAGAGCCCAAGUGGAGAGAUGGGAGAAAAAAAAAAAGGAGAGAUGCUUAUUUUUAUAUACAAACGUAUGAAAUUAGUGUUUUGUUUAAUUUUUGUGUUCUCCUGUUUUGUAAGGAAUAUUUAUGUACAGAUUCAUAAUUAAAGCUAGCAACCCUGUUUUCCAGGGUUGUUUGAAGUUUUCUAAAAAACAGAAAAAGGAAUUGAAUGCUGAUAAAUUGCUAUUUAAAUUGGUUUUAAACUUACAAUACUAACAAGGCCUUACCUGUGUUCUUUUCUAAAGAAUUCUUGCCAAGAAGCACAAAAAGAAAGUCUGACCCUUUUGUGAAAUUGGUCAAAAGGACACUAAGCUGCAGAACGUGUGGUUCUGUCGAGCGGUAAUAAUUUUACUUUGUGUACUGCAACAUCUACGGUUAUCUUUCACAGUAACGUAACUGCAGUGCUCAGAAUUGUUACGGACACGUUUACCCUCAUUGUGUAUACCAUACAUUACAUCUUUUAAUCAUUUGACAGUAGUAGCAUACUUUCUCAAAUGCACAAUCCAGAAGACUAUGCUAAUCCCACAAUCACAAGGGUCUGAGUAACCACAUCAUCAUCAUCAAGAAGCAGUGGACUUUUUGCACGCGUUAAACUUUUAUUUAUGUACACGUACAUGCUGCGUUGAAAACAAAGAGCAGGUGGAACGUUGGGCUCCUUGUUCACUGCCUGCCUGAAGGACUGGGACUGAGCGCUGCAGGCUCUGUUGCUCCCUCUGCCAUUACAACCACAUGUAGUGAAAGAUUUGACCUCUGUAUCAAUAUGUUGAUAUUACUUCACAAAUGGGGUGCCUCUUGUUUGAAAAUCUGUAAUAUUGUACUGUACAACAAUUGUCUGUCAUUAGCUGCAGUAAUCUGGUUCAUAUUCCUCUUGUGAAAUUGAGACUUGAAAUGGUUAUUUCAUGCAGCCUGAGGGUGGAGUGACUCUGAGUGGGCCCUCGCUGAGCUCUUGGUUCCUCACUUGCGUCUGUCUUGCUUUUUAUGAAGCGUUGUUCACUUUUCUCUUGUCUGUUUUGCCUUAGAGCUUUCUAUUUUGGAAUAAACGAUGCCUAACUCUC